AUGUCUCAUUUAUUUUUACUUCAUAUAAUGAUAUUAUUUUAUAUAGUUAUCUAUGUAUCUGAACAGAAACUUGAAAAAAUGAAAAGUAAUAAUAGUACAAUGAAAAGUUUGGAAAUCACUAAAUUUAUUAAACAUCUGAAUUCAUUGAUUCGUCAAAAAUACCAUUACAUCAACUCCGUUAAUAACAUGUUAUUAACCAAUGAAUUUAUAUUAGAUGUUGAAAAUGAAAUUUUAAAUGAAAUUGAAAAACAACGUAAAUUGUACGAUAUAAUUCAGAAUAUUAAGAAAAAUAAACUCAGCAACAGAAAUGUUAUUGAACAAGAUUUGAAACAAAUCGAUAUAGCGGAUAACAAUAUAGAGCAUACUAGCGAUGAACUCAAGGAAACAUUUCCACAAUCAAAUAAAUCAAUUGAUAGAUAUGUGACUUGUGUCGAAAAACGUUCAGAAUAUACUAUCCCUUCAAUACUUAAUGAAGAAUUAAAGAAAUUAUUCAAUGAUCAACCGAAAGAAUUCAAAAUUUUACCGAAAUGGAAUUCAAUGGCUAAAUGUCUUCAUAAACAAAUUUCGACUAAUAAAGAAUUUAAGCGACGAUUUACUGAAAACCUGUGUAAAUCAUUUACUCGAAAUCUAUACGAAGGUAAAGUUAUAUAUGAUUUAAAAUAUUCUUUUCUCGUUGGCGUUUUUUCUUUCUUUUUUUUUUUUAAGUUAAGUUAACCGAUUGCCCAACCUUCCCUGUCUUUCAUCUGGUCACGGAGUGUUAGUAACCCUAGAAUGUUUCCAAGAGGUGUUAAAGUGUAGUAACUCUUACAUUUUAAAAUGUUACCAUAGCGAUUGCUCUUCCUUAGUUGACUAUCAUUUAUAUUAAUUAACAUAUCUGAACCCUAUAAAGAAAAAAAAAAAAAGAUAGAAUUUCCAGGGUAAUCCGUUUACGUAAAAAGUAAAGAAAAAGAAAAAGAUAUUCAACAUCAUUUAUAGGAUUGAUUGUAUCAACUUUGACAAGCAUUACUUGUCAUAAAUUAGAGUUAUGCUUGAAAUAUCUAUUUAGCAGCAUAAUUAAACACUACAUCAUUCAUUUGAUAUUAAAGAUAGAUAGUAUUGUCCAAAUCGAUAAACAUAAAUGAACAAUUAAAUGAACCAACUAUAAAAUAUCACAACCGUGAA